CGGAGGUUGCGGUGAGCUGACAUUGCGCCACUGCACUCCACUCCAGCCAGGGCAACAGAGCAAGACUCCAUCUCAAAAAAAUAAAUAAAAUAAAAAUAAUAGUAAUAAUAAAUAGCUAAAGCAAUUUAACCCUAUUCCCUACAACACCUUCUUCUCCAUAUGACUUGCUUCAGAUGCAGGCAGUGCCUGGGUUCCUGAGAAGCCAGGGAAGAGACCCAGCUCCAGUUUGGUGGUUUCUAGUGGCAGAGCUGCUUAUAUAGGAGAGGAGUCUGUUUUUCCUGCACCUCUCAACAUUGUCUAGCUCCCUGAGGAGUAAAAGCUGCCAGGAGGGAGAGUCUGUUCAGUAGCAAAAUCCUCUGGAUACUGUGAUGUGAUUCUUAGCUGAGCCCUGGGAGUUUUUCUUUUGCCUGUGAGAUAAAAGAGGUGAUAGUAUCUUUAUUUGCCUUCCUGGUGCCAGUAAUAAUCCCAAUCGUAGUUAAUUGGGGCAGGCAUCUGCUAAAUUUUCUAGUGAGGUCUGAGACACUAUUAUGUGGGAGAAUGUCUGAACUGUAUUUCCCUUGAAAGUUUUGAAAAGUGGACUUCUAGGAGCUUUCAGUGACUUAAAAGUCUGUGGACUAGAGGGAGAGGAAAGGAUGUACCAAACAUAGAGACAGAGAAAAAGAAGUUGAUUGUUUAAGAUGAUUGAGGCUAUCACAUGUUUCUAAGCAGACCUAAAAGGUAGUGGUCCCAGUUGAAUCGGUGACCCUCUGAUGAGAGUGCCCUACGAAGGUGUGGCAGGGAAUGAUUAAAGCUUCCUUCUUAUUAUUCCUGUGCAACUCACAAUUGCGAGUAGAGACAGGUCCACAUAGGCAGCCAUGCUGGUUCUACUGCUCAGAGGGCACUACCUAAUUUUGGGGGAGAGCAUAGUGAAAGAGUUGAUGCCUUCUUACCAAUACCAAGCUCAAUCUGCAUCAGGGAUAUUAAAUUCAGGAAUGAACUUGCUUGGCAGAGUUGGCAGAAAGGAACAGAAGUAGCCUUUUUUGGUGAUCUCUGAGAACAGAAGAGUUCCCCAUCCGUCUUUCUGCAAAACUUUAGUGGUGACUGCUGGGAGGCAGGGAGCUGGACUAUAUGAUAUUGGGCAGUUAAAAGUAACCUUGGGCCAGGCAUGGCAGCUCACACCUGUAAUCCCAGCACUUUGGGAGGCCGAGGUGGGCGGAUCACGAGGUCAGGAAAUCGAGACCAUCCUGGCUAACGUGGUAAAACCCCGCCUCUACUAAAAAUACAAAAAAUUAGCCAGGCGUGGUGGUGGUGGGCAUCUGUAGUCCCAGCUACUUGUGAGGCUGAGGCAGGAGAAUGGCAUGAACUCAGGAAGCGGAGCUUGCAGUGAGCCGAGAUUGCACCACUGAAUCCAGCCUGGGCGACAGAGCGAGACUUCGUCUCAAAAAGAAAAAAAAGCUUGGAAGCUCGAAGUCUGGCUGUGGCCAUGGGAGAUACAGUAGUGGAGCCUGCCCCCCUGAAGCCAACUUCUGAGCCCACUUCUGGCCCACCAGGGAAUAAUGGGGGGUCCCUGCUAAGUGUCAUCACGGAGGGGGUCGGGGAACUAUCAGUGAUUGACCCUGAGGUGGCCCAGAAGGCCUGCCAGGAGGUGUUGGAGAAAGUCAAGCUUUUGCAUGGAGGCAUGGCAGUCUCUAGCAGAGGCACCCCACUGGAGUUGGUCAAUGGGGAUGGUGUGGACAGUGAGAUUCGUUGCCUAGAUGAUCCACCUGCCCAGAUCAGGGAGGAGGAAGAUGAGAUGGGGGCCGCUGUGGCCUCAGGCACAGCCAAAGGAGCAAGAAGACGGCGGCAGAACAACUCAGCUAAACAGUCUUGGCUGCUGAGGCUGUUUGAGUCAAAACUGUUUGACAUCUCCAUGGCCAUUUCAUACCUGUAUAACUCCAAGGAGCCUGGAGUACAAGCCUACAUCGGCAACCGGCUCUUCUGCUUUCGCAAUGAGGACGUGGACUUCUAUCUGCCCCAGUUGCUUAACAUGUACAUCCACAUGGAUGAGGACGUGGGUGAUGCCAUUAAGCCCUACAUAGUCCACCGUUGCCGCCAGAGCAUUAACUUUUCCCUCCAAUGUGCCCUGUUGCUUGGGGCCUAUUCUUCAGACAUGCACAUUUCCACUCAACGACACUCCCGUGGGACCAAGCUACGGAAGCUGAUCCUCUCAGAUGAGCUAAAGCCAGCUCACAGGAAGAGGGAGCUGCCCUCCUUGAGCCCGGCCCCUGACACAGGGCUGUCUCCCUCCAAAAGGACUCACCAGCGCUCUAAGUCAGAUGCUACUGCCAGCAUAAGUCUCAGCAGCAACCUGAAACGAACAGCCAGCAACCCUAAAGUGGAGAAUGAGGAUGAGGAGCUCUCCUCCAGCACCGAGAGUAUUGAUAAUUCAUUCAGUUCCCCUGUUCGACUGGCUCCUGAGAGAGAAUUCAUCAAGUCCCUGAUGGCGAUCGGCAAGCGGCUGGCCACGCUCCCCACCAAAGAACAGAAAACACAGAGGCUGAUCUCAGAGCUCUCCCUGCUCAACCAUAAGCUCCCUGCCCGAGUCUGGCUGCCCACUGCUGGCUUUGACCACCACGUGGUCCGUGUACCCCACACACAGGCUGUUGUCCUCAACUCCAAGGACAAGGCUCCCUACCUGAUUUAUGUGGAAGUCCUUGAAUGUGAAAACUUUGAUACCACCAGUGUCCCUGCCCGGAUCCCCGAGAACCGAAUUCGGAGUACGAGGUCCGUAGAGAACUUGCCCGAAUGUGGUAUUACCCAUGAGCAGCGAGCCGGCAGCUUCAGCACUGUGCCCAACUAUGACAACGAUGAUGAGGCCUGGUCAGUGGAUGACAUAGGCGAGCUGCAAGUGGAGCUCCCCGAAGUGCAUACCAACAGCUGUGACAACAUCUCCCAGUUCUCUGUGGACAGCAUCACCAGCCAGGAGAGCAAAGAGCCUGUGUUCAUUGCAGCGGGGGACAUCCGCCGGCGCCUUUCGGAACAGCUGGCUCAUACCCCGACAGCCUUCAAACGAGACCCAGAAGAUCCUUCUGCAGUUGCUCUCAAAGAGCCCUGGCAGGAGAAAGUACGGCGGAUCAGAGAGGGCUCCCCCUACGGCCAUCUCCCCAAUUGGCGGCUCCUGUCAGUCAUUGUCAAGUGUGGGGAUGAUCUUCGGCAAGAGCUUCUGGCCUUUCAGGUGUUGAAGCAACUGCAGUCCAUUUGGGAACAGGAGCGAGUGCCCCUUUGGAUCAAGCCAUACAAGAUUCUUGUGAUUUCGGCUGAUAGUGGCAUGAUUGAACCAGUGGUCAACGCUGUGUCCAUCCAUCAGGUGAAGAAACAGUCACAGCUCUCCUUGCUCGAUUACUUCCUACAGGAGCAUGGCAGUUACACCACUGAGGCAUUCCUCAGUGCCCAGCGCAAUUUUGUGCAAAGUUGUGCUGGGUACUGCUUGGUCUGCUACCUGCUGCAAGUCAAGGACAGACACAAUGGGAAUAUCCUUUUGGACGCAGAAGGCCACAUCAUCCACAUCGACUUUGGCUUCAUCCUCUCCAGCUCACCCCGAAAUCUGGGCUUUGAGACGUCAGCCUUUAAGCUGACCACAGAGUUUGUGGAUGUGAUGGGCGGCCUGGAUGGCGACAUGUUCAACUACUAUAAGAUGCUGAUGCUGCAAGGCCUGAUUGCCGCUCGGAAACACAUGGACAAGGUGGUGCAGAUCGUGGAGAUCAUGCAGCAAGGUUCUCAGCUUCCUUGCUUCCAUGGCUCCAGCACCAUUCGAAACCUCAAAGAGAGGUUCCACAUGAGCAUGACUGAGGAGCAGCUGCAGCUGCUGGUGGAGCAGAUGGUGGAUGGCAGUAUGCGGUCUAUCACCACCAAACUCUAUGACGGCUUCCAGUACCUCACCAACGGCAUCAUGUGACACGCUCCUCGGCCCAGGAGUGGUGGGGGGUCCAGGGCACCCUCCCCAGAGGGCCCUUGUCUGAGAAACCCCAAACCAGGAAACCCCACCUACCCGACCAUCCACCCAAGGGAAAUGGAAGGCAAGAAACACGAAGGAUCAUGUGGUAACUGUGAGAGCUUGCUGGGGGGUGGGAGAGCCAGCUGUGGGGUCCAGACUUGUUGGGGCUUCCCUGCCCCUCCUGCUCUGUGUCAGUAUUACCACGAGACUGACUCCAGGACUCACUGCCUUCCAGAAAACAGAAGCGACAAAUGUGAGGGACACCGGGGCCUUUCUUCUCCUUGUAGGGGUCUCUGAGAGGUUCUUUCCACAGGCCAUCCUCUUACUCCGUUCUGGGGCCCAGGAAGCGGGGAAGAGUAGGUUCUCGGUACUUAGGACUUGAUCCUGUGGUUGGCCACUGGCCAUGCUGCUGCCCAGCUCUACCCCUCCCAGGGACCUACCCCUCCCAGGGAUCGACCCCUGGCCCAAGCUCCCCUUGCUGGCGGGCGCUGCGUGGGCCCUGCACUUGCUGAGGUUCCCCAUCAUGGGCAAGGAAGGGAAUUCCCACAGCCCUCCCGUGUACUGAGGGUACUGGCCUAGCCAUGGGGAAUUCCCUACCCUGACUCCUUCCCCAAACCCAGGGAAAAGAGCUCUCAAUUUUUUAUUUGUAAUUUUUGUUUGAAAUAAAGUCCUUAGUUAGCCA